CAACCGGACUUCCUCUCGUUAGCGAAUCAUUGGCAACAUGAGGCUAUUGGUAGCAGUCGGUCUGCUGUGCCUGGUGGCGCUGUGCGCUGGCCACGGCCACCACCACGAGCACGGCGGCGGCCACGAGCACCACGGCCACCACCAUCAUGAACACGGCGGACACGAGCAUAAGGGCCACAAGGGACAUCAUCACCACCAUAAGGGAGACCAUGGACACCACGGCAAACAUCACCACGGCGAGCAUCAUCACGAGCACGGCGGCGGCCACAAGAAGCAUUGGGACGAGCACGACCACCACGGCGAGCACCACGAGCACGGCCAUCACCACAAGGGCGGCAAGCACGGCCACCACGAGCACCACGACAAGGGCGAGCACACCGACGGCUACCACAAGAAGUACCACAAGGACCACUUCCACAAGGACCACCACUUCCACGACGGCCACCACGUCGACGGCAAGCACCACAAGCACGACCACCACCACCAUCACCAUCACGAUGAGGGCGGUCACCACAAGAAGGGUGGUCACCAUCAUUCCGGACACCACGAGGGGCAUCAUGGUCACCACGGGCACCACGACAAGGGACACCACGACGAGGGCCACCACGAACAUCACGGCCACCACGGACACGACGAGCACCACCACGGCCACCAUGACCACGGCAAGAAGGGCGGCCAUGAGGACCACAAGCACUGGGGAUUCCACCACGGCAAGCACUGAUCAACGUGCCGCGGAUCUUGACAUAAGAAUGAACGUUGUUUUUGUUGUUGUUAUUCUUUUUAUACAGAGUAAAUAAUUUUUCAUAA